ACUAUUUUAUAUCAUAGAUUAAAUAAUUUUUUCAAAAUUUACUGAUUCAAAAAUAAAAAUAAAGCAACAAAAACUAUUGAGAUGGCUGUUGGUACAGGAAUUGAAGGCUACAAGUGUGAUGCAAAUGAUGUCCUUUCAAUUAAAUUAGUGCAUUCUGAAGAAGAUGUCAUAGGCAAAGAAGGAGUUUUCCACCCAAUGAUGAGUCAUCAAGUCUUUGGGGAAAGUGAAACUAUAUUUGGAUACAAAGGACUUAACAUACAAUUAUAUUAUCAUGCCGGAAGUUUACUGACUUAUCUUAAUAUGGAAUAUCAUGAGCAAAUACCAAGGUCAUAUGGAAUCAAGCCAGAUCCAGUGAUACCCAAAAUUGUUGAACAAAUCCCACAAGGUUUUAUUUCUAAUCGAGAUGAGUUUAUUUCAAAACUUGAAAAAGAAGACAGUUUUACACCUAUGGGCAACAAAAUUCAUUCUUAUUUUCAUGAUGAUACAGAAUAUGAAAUCUAUGAGGCUGAUAUAUUUACUCCUCGUCUAAAAGAAUAUCACGAAAGACUGCAGACAUUUAUUCUUUGGUAUAUAGAUGCAGCAUCAUUUAUUGAUAUUGAUGAUGAGAAAUGGCAUUUCUUUUUGUUGUUUGAAAAAAAGAAAUCAAUUGCUCCAAUAUAUAAUAUUGUCGGAUACAUGACUGUUUACCAUUAUUAUUCAUAUCCUGAUAAAUUUCGACCACGGAUAAGUCAAACAUUGAUUCUUCCUCCAUUUCAAAGAAAAGGUCACUGUGUUCAACUUUUACAUGCUGUUAAUAAACACUAUAUUUCAAAUCCUGAUGCAGUCGAUAUAACAGUUGAAGACCCAUCAGAGGAUUUUGUUCGCUGUCGAGAUUUUGUUGAUUGUCAAAAUUGUUUAAAACUUAACAGUUUUUCAAAAGAUAAGCUUCUUACUGAUUAUUCGGAUGAUAUGAGGAAGGACGCAUUGGAGAAAUUCAAAAUAACUAAGUCGCAAGCGAGAAGAGUUUAUGAAAUACUUCGCCUGCGAGUUACUGACAUUUCCAACAACGCUAUGUAUCACCAAUAUAGAUUAUGCGUUAAAAAACGGCUGAAUCUUCCAUUUCAGAAACAAGCACGUGACAUGGAAAAAUUGCGGGCGGUUUUGUCUUCUGAAGAAUAUAACUCGGCAAUGGUUGGUCAAUCUAAUGAAGAAAGAAUUCAACGCUUAGAUGAAGCAUAUAAACUAUUAGAGGCAGAAUAUUUUAAGGUUAUAGAUAGAUUAGACUAAAGUCGUUUUUCGUCAAGUGAUUUAAGACCGCUCUAUUACUACACCCCAAUAUAAUAAUAAUUUUUAAUUAUAUAAAUAUUUAUCACAA